CAACGAUCAACAUCACUCGUGUUGAAUCCGAAGUAAAUUGUGAUAUCUAUGGUGAGGCGGAUAUGGAGCCUCCAGCCAAUAGUCGAGCGCUACUGUUAGGACUGAUCCUGAGCUACGUCCUGGCUCCUUGCUUAGGAACUGUUCCUCCUUUGCUCAAACACACACAAAGUUCACUGUCUAGGUCCUGGAAAACUGGAAAUUUGCCGGCACCAAGAGGAGUUGAACAAGUGGAGAAUAUCUUGCAGCUUCCUCCAGGUUGGGAUCCAUCUGGCCCUUUGCAUGAUUGGGGCAUUGAGAUGAUGUCAUCAGUUCCCACACUUAAAGGACUCCUGAGAAAGAAUUCUGGGAUCUGGUGGAUUCCAGUUUUAAGGCAACGUGGUAGAUUCCCACUGCAUUUCAAAAAUCAUGAUGGUCAACCAAACACAGAACCUGCAGACAGUACAGGUCUGACCAGCAUUACCUUGGGAAAAAGCUGGUCGUCUGAUUGGCUGGAACCAAGCACCAAUGAAGAAGUGAAGAGAAGUUUUGUUGUGGCUGAUGAUGUUGCUUUUAGAGAAAAGAGCAAGUUGCUGACUGCGAUGCAAAGGCAGAAAUGGCUAAAUGCUGUAAUGAGGCAACUUGUGAUUAAUAAAAAGUAAAUGCAAUAC